AUGGCCAAUUUCAUCGACAUCGUCGAGGCCAUCAUGACGCCCUCGCUGACGACAAUCAUCAUUGGCGCACUGAUAAUCAUCGGCGCUCCUGUCAUUCUUCACCUCGUCCUCGCCUCGUCAAGGACAUACACUGUUCCUCCCAGCGUUCUUCUCGUCGGUCCCGCCAACGCUGGCAAGACGUCACUGCUCACGCUCUUUGAGCGCGGCGCCACUGGUACCGAGACGCACACUUCCCAGGUGUCGCACGACGUCGAGCUCAACGCUUCCACCGACUCUGAGCACAGACAUUCGUACCGCAACCACGAUGUUCACGACGGCACCUACACCAAGUUUUUGCUCAUCGAUACUCCUGGUCAUGGCAAGCUGCGAAAUGUCGCCACGGGCAAGCUGAACCGUACUGAGAAGCUCAAGGCUGUUGUUUUCGUCGUGGACGCUGCUGCUAUUGGAGAGCCGGAUGUUCUUGCGCCCACUGCGCAGUAUCUCUACGAUGUUCUGCUGUUCUUGCAGAAGCGCGCUACCAACUCCAACGCCAAGAACCCGAUUCCUAUUCUUAUCGCUGCCAACAAGAUGGACCUCUUUACUGCGCUGCCUUCAACUCUUGUUAAAACCAACCUGGAGGCUGAGCUGACGAGGAUUCGUGCUUCGCGAAGCAAGGGACUGCUCGACUCUGGUGUUGGAUCUGACGAUAUUGGUUCCGAAGAGCAGGAUUCUUGGCUGGGCGAGUACGGUUCCUCCAAGUUUACUUUCAGCCAGCUCCAGGAGUUCGACAUUGACGUCGAUGUCCUCCCUGGAAAUGUCACUGGCGACGGCCCAGGUGCAGACAAGUGGUGGUGGUGGAUUGCUCAGCGCAUAUGA